AUGAAAUCAAAAUUUAUAACAUGUUCAGAGAAGGUAUGGAAUGAUGUUUGUCCAAUAUCAUUAACUCCAAAGACAUUACCAUCUAUUGUAAAUCAAAUGAUAAUUGAAUACAGUCUUAUUUUGGAUGAAAAAUGGCAUGGAAAUUGGUCAAAAUGGAAUGAAUUAUCAACAAAGGAGGAUAAAGACAUGUUUGAUUGUGCACAGAUAGUUGCAAGAAAUUUGGCAAAUGGCAAAUCUGAAAGCUCAAAGGAAAUUUUAUUUGGUGAGGUUAAACCUCCACAUGUAAAAUCUUCCAUGAAUGAAAGCAUAGUGAAGAUCACAGAGUUUAUGAAGGGCUCAUUAGAUUAUUUAAUAGAUUGUUAUGGUUACAUAGAUGGUCUUGAAACUUAUGGAAUGUUAAUUUAUGGAAAUACAAUUAGAAUAUUUACAAUGGACUUGGUCUAUGAUGGUUUAUACCAUUUUAAUUUGACAUCAAAAAUAUUAUUACCAAUGGAAAAUGCAAACUUUUUAACCAUAAUUACCGUAAUAUCAACCCUUUAUUCAUUAUUGGAAAGAAUAAAAUCUACUGUUGUUGUUAUUAAUUCAAAUUCACCUCAACAUUUACUUGGGUGA